CACAUGUGAGGUUAUAACGAACUGAAGGAAAGCUAGGAGUCAUCUUGACAGAAAAUAGAGAGGACAAUGUCUGCACAAAAAGGCCGAAGUGGAGACAGGAGCUACACUGACUGGAUGUCACAACUUCCUCCAGAGCUCCACGACAAUCCUCUCCAUAAUCUGACCAUACCAGGAAGCCACGACUCGAUGAGUUAUGACUUGGACCUCAGCUCUGCUAUAAUAGAACCGGAUGGCCUGAAAAAACUGAGCAAAAUGUACUGCGCGCGGAAAAUACUGUACAAAUGGGCGAGGACUCAGGAGGAGAGCAUCUUGAAGCAGCUGGAUGCAGGAGUUCGGUACUUUGACCUGAGGAUCGCUCGAAAGGACAACGACCCCGACCCCAACCGACUUUACUUUUAUCACGGACUGUUAACACAAACUGAUGUGGAGACUAUCCUCAGGGUGAUGAACGACUGGGCAGAGAGGCACCCCAAAGAGAUCCUCAUCCUCAGUUUCUCCCACUUUAAAGGCUUCGUCAAACGGUACGAAGAUCAGCUGCACUGCCAUCUCAUCAACUUCAUCAAGACGCUGUUUGGAGCCAAACUCUGCAAAAGGGUAAA